CUCGCUUCCAACGCGAGACUCCGCCCCGGGAAACCGGCUUGGCGCGAAGACCCAGGAGACCAUGAGCACCCCCAAGCUCUAUACCCUCGUGCUGGUGCUACAGCCUCAGCGAGUUCUACUGGGCAUGAAGAAGAGGGGCUUUGGUGCUGGCCGCUGGAAUGGCUUCGGGGGCAAGGUGCAGGAAGGAGAGACCAUUGAAGAAGGGGCUAAGAGGGAGCUUCUGGAAGAAAGUGGUCUGAGAGUGGACACACUGCACAAGGUAGGCCACAUCUCAUUUGAGUUUGUGGGUUCCCCUGAGCUGAUGGACGUGCAUAUCUUCUCUACUGACCACGUGCACGGGACGCCCACAGAGAGUGAAGAAAUGCGCCCUCAGUGGUUCCAACUGGACCAGAUCCCCUUUGCCCACAUGUGGCCGGAUGACAGCUACUGGUUCCCACUCCUGCUUCAGAAGAAGAAGUUCUGUGGGCACUUCAAGUUCCACGAUCAGGACACCAUCCUGGAUUACUCCCUGCGUGAGGUGGAUGGAUUCUAAUACAGAGGUCUGGCCAGUUCUGACCACUCAGGUUGCGACACAGCCACAAGCUGUCAGUCCAAUGGCACAAGCAGGGGAGGGUAUUUUCUGUUUGCAAGGUGUUGGGGUUGAAAUGUGAAAUGUCACCAAUACAGUUUGAAUUCGUCUCCACCUACCGGUCCUGUUUUAGAAGGUUGAUGGUGGAAUGGAGCCCCCGAGGGUUGGAGAGAUGGAGGGUGGGCCUUAAGGCUUUAUAAGUGAGCACCACUUCCUGCUCACUCCUGUUUCUGUGUCCCAUCUUCCACGAUGGACUAUAUCCCCUCGAUGGAUGAGCCAAAAUAA